AUGCGCGACCUUCGCAGAAGAGCUCUGGAGAGCAACAAGACAGUCUCGCGAAAGACAGCUUCACGCAUAGCUUCAGGCGCAACCUCAAAGGCCGGCUCAGCGGCACCAUCACCCGCACAAUCACGAGCCACCAGCCGCACGCGUGGUAAACCGACAUCCGACGAAGAGGACGAGGAAGAGUACUUCAGCGACAGCACAGCGUGGAGUACCAACUCCAUCGAUGGUGUACUGAACAACGAGGAAUUAGAGAUGUCCGAAGAGGCUUGGAGAGCCGAGCUCUACACGCGCAUCGAACAGAUUAGCAAUACCAAGCGCAGCAGCACCGAUGGCCGCAUACAAAGCUUGAGUGUGUACGCGCACAUCCUCAUGAGUCGAUAUGCUCGGCGCGAUGUAGAGAGCCACUUAGCCGAACUCAUCCCCUCCCUGAUUAAGAGCAUCAGGCAGGACAAUAGUGAGCGCGAGGCUCUUGUAGCUUUGACAGCUCUCUGCGUUACUAUCGUCACUCUCGAGUCGGAUGAUAUCUACGACGAUGUCGCCAACCAGCUGAAGCGUUCUAUCCAGUCCUCCGAGUCCAUCGAGAUCAAAACCAGUGCAAUCCACGCUCUUGGCACUGCUGCCUUCUUCGGUGGUGCAGGUGAAGAUGAGAAACUCGACAUCAUGGCGCUCUUACUCGAAAUCAUCGAGUCUGAUGGCGGAUCUGUGGAAGCACAAGAUGAUGGCGGCGUCGUCACAGCAGCUCUCCAGCAAUGGGGUCUACUUGCGACCGAGAUUGAGGACUUGCAAGAAGAGACUGAGGCUGCUAUGGAGGCAUUUGUCGACCAGCUAGACAGCGCUGAUCCAAAGGUGCAGAUCGCUGCCGGAGAGAACAUUGCAUUCUUGUACGAGAAGUCCUACACGCCCCAGGAAGAGGACGAGGCGGGAUCGGAAAAGGAUGAUUCUGAGGAUCCUUCCGAGGAUCCAGAAUACAACCCGAGUGCAAUAAAGAUGGUCAAGCGCUACAAUGUCUACAGAAGACCAGAUCAGCUAAGGCGAACACUGGAAGAGCUUGCUAAGACCUCAAGUCGCCGCGUGUCAAAGAGGGACAAGAGAUCGCUUCACUCGUCGUUUGCGGAGAUCAGAAACACCGUCGAGAAGCCAACGCGCGGACCAGGCUAUUCUACCGCAAUCGACCAGGAAACAGGUCGUGUGUAUGGAAACCGCGGAAAGAUGAAGCUCGACUCCGAGGACGUGACAAUUGACCGGUGGUGGAAGCUGCUGAGACUGAAUGUGCUGCGGAGAGUACUGCAAGGAGGCUUGUCGGAGCACUACAGUCAGAACGCGAUGGUGAACCACGUGCUGCGGGACUAG